AUGGCGGAGGCCGGCGAGCAAUGGCCGGCGGAGGGAGGAGGGAUCCGGGAGGAGAAGGUUCUAUUCGGAAAGUACGAGCUAGGGCGGCUUCUGGGGAGGGGAGCCUUCGCCAAGGUCUACCUCGCGAAGGAUGUCCGCUCUGGCGAGAGCGCCGCCGUGAAGUGCAUCAGCAAGCAGCGGAUUAUCAAGGGAGGGCUGGCGGCGAACAUCAAGCGGGAGAUCUCCAUCAUGCGGCGGCUCCGCCACCCCCAUAUCGUCCGCCUCACCGAGGUCCUCGCCUCGAGAUCGAAGAUCUACUUCGUCAUGGAGCUCGUGAAGGGCGGUGAGCUUUUCUCCCGCCUCUCCAGGGGCCGCUUCUCCGAGGACCUCAGCCGCCGCUACUUCCAGCAGCUCAUCUCCGCCGUGAGUUACUGCCACUCUAGGGGUGUAUUCCACCGGGACCUGAAGCCAGAGAACCUCCUUCUCGACGAGAACGGCGACCUUAAGGUGACGGACUUCGGCCUCAGCGCCGUCUCCGACCAGACCGGGCACGACGGGCUGUUGCACACGCUCUGCGGCACGCCGGCGUACGUCGCGCCCGAGAUCCUCGCCAAGAAGGGCUACGACGGCGCCAAGGUCGACGUCUGGUCCUGCGGUAUCGUCCUCUUCGUGCUCAACGCUGGGUACCUCCCCUUCAACGACCCCAAUCUGAUGGCCAUGUACAAGAAGAUCUGCCGGGGGGAGUUCCGCUGCCCUCGCUGGUUCUCCCCCGAGCUGAAGCGCCUCAUCGGUCGGCUUCUGGACACCAACCCGGAGACUAGGAGCACCGUCGAGGAGAUCAUCCGCGACCCAUGGUUCCGAAAGGGAUUGGACGGAGAGAGGUGGGCGGCACUGACGGGCUCCGGCCGCAGGCCUCGCGCCAUCAAGCCGGCGGCGGAGGAGGAGGAGGAGGAAAGGGACCUCAAUGCCUUCGACAUCAUCUCCUUCUCGUCAGGGUUCGACCUUUCCGGGCUGUUCGAGCCCCUCCCCCGCCGCCGCGAACGAGCGGUGGUGUCGGGUGGCGCGACGGCGCAGGCGGCGCUGGGCAUGCUGGAACAGGCGGCGAGAGGAGAGGAGCUCGUGGUGAGGAAGGAGGGGAAGAAAGUUUUGUCCAUGCUGACGAUCGAAGCUCCUAACGGAACUCUAAUCGCCGCCGCCGGCGUCAGCCGCCUCAACGACGAGCUUUCCGUGGUGGAGCUGGAAGAGGGCCCGGAGAUCCCGCCGACGUUGGAGGGCUUCUGGGAGCAGAAGCUGAUGCCGGUGUUGAAGAGCCUGCCGUGGCCGCCGCCGCCGCCUCCCCAAGAUCCCUCUGAAGCUCGUCCUCCGCCUUGCCGGCGAACGGUCGCCGCCGGCCCACCAUUCGUUCCCCGGUAG